UCGUCAAUGGGAAGCACGCGAGACGGUGGCACAGAGAGUUGCGGUCUACACCGAUAUCCGCGGCUGCACCAUGCUUUCCAGCUCCAUCCCGUGUCUGUGGAUUACAUUUUGCCUUCAUUUAUGCUGCUGUGUAGACGGCGGACAAGCACAGAAUGCGAAGGAAGUGACUCUGCUGGACUCCAAGGCACAGCAGACAGAACUGGAGUGGAUCUCCUAUCCUCCCAAUGGGUGGGAAGAGAUCAGUGGCCUCGAUGAGAACUACACUCCCAUUCGCACAUACCAGGUUUGCAAGGUCAUGGAGCCCAAUCAGAAUAACUGGCUUCGGACUAACUGGAUAGAGAAGGGCACUGCCCAGAGAAUUUUUGUGGAACUGAAGUUCACCUUGAGGGAUUGUAACAGCCUACCCGGGGUGGUGGGCACGUGCAAGGAGACAUUCAACCUGUAUUACCAGGAAACAGACUCGGAGGUGGGCAGGAGCCUGCGGGAGAACCAGUAUGUGAAAAUUGACACAAUCGCCGCAGAUGAAAGCUUUACCCAGGGUGACCUGGGCGAGAGGAAGAUGAAGCUGAAUACAGAAGUGCGCAUAAUUGGCCCCCUGUCCAGGCGGGGGUUUUACCUGGCCUUCCAGGAUGUAGGGGCGUGCAUCGCCCUGGUGUCUGUCAAAGUCUAUUACAAGAAGUGUUGGUCUAUCAUCGAGAACCUGGCCACGUUCCCGGACACCGUGACGGGGUCGGAGUUCUCCUCGCUGGUGGAAGUGGAGGGCAUUUGUGUAAAUGAUGCUGAGGAGGAGGCCGACAACUCUCCCAAGAUGCACUGCAGCGCUGAAGGGGAAUGGCUCGUUCCAAUUGGGAAAUGUAUAUGCAAAGCUGGAUUUCAUCAGAAAGGAGACGCAUGUGAACCCUGGUUCAAGACAGGCAUGCUAGCGGCUCUGAGGCAGUUCUCUGCAGAGCUUUGA